AUGGAAAGGGCCGAGCCAUUCGCAAGCCCGACCUGGCCAAAACAAUACAGAAUAAAACCUUGGAACAUCCCGGUCUUCCUUGGCGCUACGUCAUUCCUGACGAGUGCUAAACUACAUGUACCCGUCCAGUCCCGGAUGCGACAAGUGAUUCAUCUUACCAGCAUACAUAGUCUUCUGUACAUAUCUUACCUUCUUCGUGUCGUGAUCUACUCGUUCUCGAUUUGAGUCUGUCGCUUCAAUUCGUCGCCGUGCAUAAUAAACACCCAGCAACACCAAUUACCAACGACCUCACGACCUCAAGACCUCAAGACCUCACGACCUCACGACCUCACGACACCCCAAAAUGUGCAUAAUGAAAUCCUACGAAACG